UCAGAGGAGGCUGUUACCGGGGAGAGGUCGUCUUGAUGUAGUACAUGCUGUCGGGGGCGUUACGUACAUGCCAGAGGACAGGUGGGGAACCACCAGGACAGGAGUACUGCAACAACACGUCACGACAUCAACUAUCUGUGCUAAUGGGCAACACGUGAGAGGAAGAAGGCUGCAGUAUGGUUGUGUGAAAGUUCAGAGACAUUUUCGGAUCAGCUUACAGGGUCAGCAUGGGUUGUGGAACGUCUCUGAAGAAAACAGCAACAUCUCCUAAUGAACGUUACAUCACUGGGCAACAACGCAUGUUGGUACAAAGGACAUGGCGUUAUCUGGCGGGAGAUAUGACAGGGAUUGGCAGUAAGGUCUUCAUCCGCAUCUUUGAGCUGUACCCUAACGCGAAGCAGCUGUUUCCAUGUCGCCACAAGGAAGGCAAGGAGUUGCUACAGGAUCCAAAUUUCAAAGGACACGCGUCACGUUUCAUGCAGGCCGUUGGUGCUGUCGUUGACAACAUGGAUGACCUUGACACGUCACUGUCUCCCCUGUUGGUUGGCUUGGGGCGCCAGCAUAUCAAUUUCAAUGGUUUUAUUCCGGAAAACUUCGACGCAUUUACCAAAUCAAUGACCUUGACCUGGGAGGAAGAGCUGAAGGGACAUUUCACGGAAGAGGUGAAGGACGCGUGGAAGGCUGUGUUCAACUUUAUAAUGAUCAAAUUAAAGGAAGGUUUUGCUUUGGCCAGUGAAGAGCGGGAUAGUCUUGUUCCAUAUGACAAACAUUGAAACUUAAUAUAUACUCAAAGGCAAAACAUAUUGUGACACAUACACACAGAGAAUCAGUGUGAAGCUUUUACUGUCGCUAAUGAAAUGUUAUUACAUAUGAAGACAAAUGUUUCCAGGUGUGGUAACGAAGAACAAUCCAUAAGAAAAGCGCACCUGGCAUAUGCAAAUGAGCCUUAACACUAGAGGGGCUUCACAAGCAUGUGUACACGAUCAGUAGUGUGUGUGUCCACCUUGUGCAUUCAUGCAGACCUGGCACCUUCGCCGUUGUAAACGUCGCUCCAUUAGAUCCCAAAAUUGGCCGUCGGGCAUGGCGUUUUGCGGUGGUCACAAGAGACAAAUGUACCCAUGUUAUGUGGUGAACACAAAAGUGAAUGUACCAAGGUGAUUUGGUGAACACAAACGUGUAUGUACCAAGGUAAUAUGGUGAACACAAGUGACAAAUGUACCAAGGAAGUAUGGCAAACACAAAUGACGAAUGUACCAAGGUACUAUGGCGAACACAAAUGAAGAGUAUACGUGAUA